CCUGCCCCCCCCAUGGGUCCUUCCCGGAAGGGCGGCUCUUUGAGGAUCAGGAUGAGGCCCAAGAAGCCACGUUUUCCACGUCGUCUCGUGGCUUCUAGAGGAGCAGCAGAGAAAGGCUGUUCCAGGCACUCUUCUGCUCUGAGAAGCGCCUCUUUUGGGCCUCGUCCAGCCGCCGCUCGGCCAGGAGCCAAGGCCACGCGGGGCGGCCUGACUCGUCCGUGGCCGGAGCCGUGGGCCCCUGCACGCUCGGGCUCAGGCCCUGAGUCGGAGGGUGUGCCUGGGCCCAGCGGCCGUCCCUUCACCCAGGCGCAGGGCUGGGGCCGGAGGGGGAGAUGGAGGCGGCCCGCUGAGGGGAGUCUCCAGGCCUCGGAAGCGAGCCACGGAGGCGAGCCACGGAGGCAAGGACGUGGCCCUUCCGGAGGCGAGUCUUCCGUGCCCAAGAAGGCCUCUUCUGGGUCGCCAUCAGAGAAGGGAGGCCCGUGGAAGCGCCGCCGCCCCUCUGUGGCUGGGAGGCCCCACAGGCGAAGGGACAGCUGCCCCGGCCAGCGUGAGGACCGGCUUCGGCCGACCCCAACCUCCAAAGCUCGUCCCAAAGACGCUUCAGAAGGUGCCAGGCUUCAGAAGGUGCCAGGCUGGGGGGCCGAAGCGCCACAGAGUCCCCGGGGCCGGGGGCGGGGCCAGCAUGGGGCCCACACCAAGCACACGCCCACGGGCCUGCCCAUUGGCAGGUGAUCUGGCCGCGGGCAUGGCACCUCCGCCUCGGGCUCUCAGGCUGGGCCCCGCUGGGGGGGGCGCACAAACCCACCCACCACCCUGGGGGAGGGCCAGAGGGGGCUGGGAAGGUGGAGGGGCUCCCGACCCGCAGGCAGGAGAGGGGGCUGGGGAGUCUCCUGCCUGGGCAUGCGGGGGGGCCCUGCGCAAGCACGUACCCCUCCCACCCCCCAGAGAUGCACCUGCCAGAGCGUGUGCAAGUGCGCGUGCGCCCGUGUGACUUUCUCUCUGCCCCGCCUCCGAGCCCGGCCCCGCCCCACGCUCGGGUUAAGGCUGGCUCCGCGGCACGUGAUCACCGAAACCUCCCCAGGCAUCAGCUGACCAGGGCCCCAAACCCGGCCUGAUCCGCCGACGAAGGGACAGACGGGCAGAUCCUCUUGUCGGUCGUCGCCGCCGCGGCUUUCUGCAGCGCCAGCAUCGUCGCCGCCGCAGCCGCCGCAGCCGCCGCCGCCACAGCAGCCAUGCAGCCUCCCAGGCUACGCCUCCUCCUGCUUCUGCUGUGCGGAGCCGCCGCGCUCCUGGAGCCUGCCAGCGCCCUGAUCAGAAUUCCCCUGCACAAGGGCAAGUCCAUCCGCCAGACCUUGAGGGAGAUGGCCGAUAAGCCCCUGGAGCUGCCCACGGCCCAGGAGGCUGCCAUGAAGUACGCGCUGGGCUUUGCACCGGGCCAGCCCACCCCCGAGAUACUCAAGAACUACAUGGAUGCUCAGUACUACGGAAGCAUCGGCAUCGGCACCCCGCCCCAGGUAUUCACCGUGGUCUUCGACACCGGCUCCUCCAACCUCUGGGUCCCGUCUGCCCGCUGCAGCAAGUGGGACAUAGCCUGCUGGUUUCACCACCGAUACAAGGCAGAGAAGUCCAGCACUUACGUGGAGAAUGGAACCAGCUUCGCCAUCCACUACGGCUCAGGCAGCCUUUCGGGAUUCCUGAGUGAAGACACCGUCACGAUCCCCUUCGGCUCGGAGGCCUCGGGAGACCAGGCCAUGGCGAUUACGCAUCAGACCUUUGGGGAAGCCGUCAAGCAGCCCGGCAUCACCUUCAUCGCCGCCAAGUUCGAUGGCAUCCUGGGCAUGGGCUUCCCGCGCAUCUCCGUGGACGGCGUCCUGCCAGUCUUUGACAACCUCAUGAAACAGAAGCUGGUGGAGAAGAAUGUGUUUUCCUUCUAUCUGAACAGGAACCCCACUGCUCAGCCCGGGGGGGAGCUGCUGUUCGGAGGCACCGACCCCAAGUACUACCAGGGGGACUUCACCUACCUCAACGUCACGAGAAAGGCCUACUGGCAAGUGCACAUGGACAAGGUGACCGUGAAAGGACACACACCGCUGGUCCUGUGCGAGAACGGCUGCGAGACCAUCAUUGACACGGGCACCUCCCUCAUCAUUGGCCCCGUUGAAGAGGUCAAAGAACUGCAGAAGGCCAUAGGCGCCACGCCCCUGAUGCAGGGGGAGUACAUGGUCCCCUGCGAGAAGGUGCCGUCGCUCCCGCUCCUCAUCUUCACUUUGGGGAACAAGAGCUUCGAGCUGACGGGCGAGCAGUACAUCCUCAAGGUGCAGCAAGCUGGGCAGACCCUCUGUCUGAGCGGCUUCAUGGGUAUGGACAUCCCUCCCCCCGCGGGCCCCCUCUGGAUUCUGGGCGACGUCUUCAUUGGCCAGUACUACACUAUGUUUGACCGGGACAACGACUGUGUGGGACUCGCUAAGGUCCGCUGACCGCCCGUCGCUGGGGGCCUCGCCAUCCCUUGCCUGUCUGCUGGCGUCAGGGGGGGACUUGCUGCAGAAGAAUGUUGAGAAGCCGUCGUCCCUCCACCCCAAUGAUGCCCAGCACCCCCUUCUGAGGGCCCCAGAGCCCCCUGCCCUCCUCUGCCACUUCUGCUCUAGUCUGAAGCUUCCAGGUCUCAGGCCCGCCUCCACCCUUCCCAGCAGGCCAGGACCAAAGGUGGUGCUGAGAGGUUUCAGUCUGGGUCCUCUCAGCCUUUGGGGAAGAGGUCAGAGGAAGAGGGAGGCUCCCUGGCCUCCAGGCCUCGGGCACCACUGCCUUGGUCCUUCAGGUGGGAAGAGCUUCGUCUCCUACUUCCCCUUAAUCUGGGCUGCCCUGGGGCUAAGGGCAUUCCCUCAGGGUCCCUGCCUCCAGGUCAGAAUGCCCCUCCGGGCCCAGCCCCAAGAGCAGGAAGGAGGCUGCUGGGGCUUUGGGGGAGCUCAAGGCCCCAGGGAGCCCCACUCAGGAUGUGAGGCUGGCACCUCAAGGUCCCCCAUCAAGCCCUUUGCUUCUCCCUCACACCUGUGUUGGCAGGCAGUUGAAGUAAAAGUCUAGUUUUGGGCCCUUUU